AUGAUCUUUAUAACUCGAGUGGCUGAGCUGAUUCUGUUCGUUAGAUGCUGGCUCGUCUCUGCUCAAAGUAAAUGUCGUAAAGAAGUCAGUGUGUACAUAAACUUCAAGAAUGGAAGUUCUUGUACCCGAUAUCUUCCUCAAUGGAACCUAGCACCAAUCACUAAAGAACAUAUUCAAGAAACCAACACUUGUACAACGACUUCAUCUUUGAAAAUGAAAACGGUGAUUGCUUUUUUGUUCCUUUUGGGAUUGUUGGCAAUUCAAUCUGCAGCACUACGCACACUAAAGGAUGAGGCUAUGGUAGAGAGACAUGAGCAGUGGAUGAGUCUCCAUGGCCGUGUAUACAACGAUGAUGCAGAGAAGGAAAGGCGAUUCCAGAUAUUCAAGAACAAUGUAGAGUUCAUCGAAGCUUUUAACAAGGCUGGAAAGCUGCCUUACAAGCUUGGUGUCAAUCAAUUUGCAGACCUUACCAAUGAGGAAUUCAAAGCCUCUAGUAAUGGAUUUAAAGCUUCCUCCUCGCUUAAGUUGAUCAGAGGUGCAUCUUUCAAGUAUGAAAAUGUGACUGCUGUGCCUGCCACCAUGGACUGGAGGAAAAAAGGUGCAGUCACUCCAAUUAAGGAUCAAGGACAAUGUGGAAGUUGCUGGGCAUUCUCAGCAAUUGCAGCCACUGAAGGAAUUACCAAACUCAGUACAGGAAAGUUGAUAUCACUCUCUGAGCAAGAAAUAGUGGAUUGUGACAGAACAAGUCAAGAUCAGGGAUGCAAUGGUGGAGAAAUGGAAGAUGCCUUUGCAUUCAUAGUGAAAAACAAAGGAAUUGCCUCUGAAGCAACUUACCCCUACACAGCAGCUGAUGGAACUUGCAGCAAAACUAAAGAAGCUGCUCAUGCAGCCAAAAUCGCAGGUUAUGAAAAGGUACCUGCCAACAAUGAGGCAGCAUUAUUGAAAGCGGUGGCUAAUCAACCAGUUUCAGUUGCCAUCGAUGCAAGUGGCAUGGCUUUUCAAUUCUAUACAAGUGGAGUUUUUACUGGAGACUGUGGAACUGAUCUAGACCAUGGUGUUACUGCUGUAGGAUAUGGCAAGGCGUCUAAUGGUACCAAAUAUUGGCUGGUAAAGAACUCAUGGGGCACAAGCUGGGGUGAGAGUGGAUACAUAAGGAUGCAACGUGGCAUUUCUGCCAAAGAAGGCCUCUGUGGCAUUGCUAUGGAUUCUUCCUAUCCAACUGCUUAA